UUGAGCAAGGUGCUGAACCUUACAGACACCGAACUUGAUCAGUUGGCGGAGUUUUUAGGGCACGACAUAAGAAUCCACAGGCAGUAUUACCGCUUGCCAGAGGGGACUCUGCAAUUAGCCAAAAUAAGCAAAAUUCUGAUGGCAUGCGAGCAGGGAAAGUUGGCAGACUUCAAAGGGAAAACAUUGGAAGAGAUUACCAUAGAGCCCAGAGGUAAGAAGUGUAGGGUGUAGGGAAAAUGACCAUGUCCAUGUAUUGUGCUUAUUUUGGCUCAUUUGUGUUUUGACUGUUUUCCAGAAACUGUUCAGACAAUAACAGAAGAGUUGGAUGAUGAAGAAGAGAGUCUGAAUGAAGAGUCCAUUGAGGCCAGUGGUAAGGAAUUUGUAUUUGACUGUAAAUAAUGUAUCAGUAGUGGAUAGGAAGAGGUCUUUACUGAAACAGAAUAAUAACAGUAGAAGAGAAUGGAAAUGCCAAUAUUGUCUACAUGAUUGAUUACAAUCUUCUAAGUAGAUGAACAUGAUACCCAUGUUGUUUUUUCAGGAUCCAGCUCCUCUGUGAGUCGUAUGACAAGUCAAGAAGAUUAUGGUAUGUACUUGGAAACAGAAUGAUUGUUUUUUCAUUUCAGGAAGUUUCCAACAUUUCAGGGUAUUUUGAAAAUGUUGUAUUUCCUCUAGACUCAUCGGUGCCACCGAGCCAAUUCAGUGCAGAUGUUUCAGAAUCAAGUUCAUCUUCAGAACUUUUGCUGCAGCCUUCUGACUCAGACUCAUCAGUGCGACCCCAGCGCUGUUCCACCCCAAGACGAUCAUCAGCUUUUAAACCUUCAUCUUCAUCAUCAGACAGCAGAGUCUCACAAAGAUCAACCAGUUCAGCAGAAAAGAAGCCUAAAACAACUCAUUCAGACCCGGCACCAAGUUCCCAAAAAAAAAAAUGGAGUGACAAGGAAGUUGCUGCUGUGGAGUCGCAAAUGGGAAGGUUCAUCACAAAGGGCACAACCCCCGGAAAGGAACAAUGUGAGGAGUGCAUCAGAAGGAGUCCUGAAGCGCUCAAGAACAGGGACUGGAGGGCAGUUAAGUACUAUGUCCGGAAUAGGAUUGUGUCUCUCACAAGGAAAACAUGAGGACAUGUUUUGUCAGGGGGGGGUGGGGGGUGGCAGGACAUCUUUUUGU